AUGAUCCCGCGCAAUGUCCCGUACGAGCAAAACCCACCGCCUCGCGACAACAUCGUGACGGUCGUCAUGCCUGGCAUCACCUCCUCUCGCGCCCUGCUCUCCCGCUACACUGGUGGGGAUCCGCUGACGGUGCUGUGCAACUGGUCUGAUGUGGACCCCACAGACCCGCUGUACAUCGCAGAUGUGGGUAAGAAUCGGUUCACAGGGAUGCCGCUUGCUCGGCGACUCCGGCGCGCUUUGCUGCAGUGGCGGAGAGUUGUCAUGGGUUUGAAGAGUCACCGGUCAUACAGUGACGAAGAAGAGGUCCUUACAGAGGCGCGGCAGCAGACAGCGUCGGACGUGGUGCUUGGCGGCGUCAGCGAUCUACAACAGCGUACGCGUGGCGCCGAAGAGAGGGACACUGCCGUCACGGUACAGGCGGCAGAGCUCGGCCUCAUAGAUCCCCCAGUGCUGUACAGAGCAACGUGUCGCAUUGCUCCGCGGCUGCUACACGGUGUUCUUGCCUCGCCCGAGAUGGCGGAGGUGCGGCACCGUGGGUGGUACCGCACCCUUAAUCCCGUGCAUUGGGGCCUCGUGGUGAAGGAGCUCAUUGCGUGCUGGUGGCUCAGCGUGCGACCUUUUCAGUGGUGCUACUCGGAGCCAGGCAGGACGAACGUAGCGGGUGUGCGAGACCAGGCAGCCUUCACGCGUGAAGUGCGGCGUGGCGUGCGUCAUCUGAAGGCGGAAAUGGCAGCGGAAGCGCAAGGCGACCAGGCAGGCAUUGAGGCACGGGAGAACACCUCAAUGAGACGCAAAAGGAAGCGCCUGGUCCUCUAUGGUCUCAGCCGUGGUGCCACGUCGUGCUUCUACUCAGCCAUGAAGCUGUCGCAAGAGGAGGCCAGGCAUGUGUCUCUCAUACUUGUCGAGGCGCCGUUCGAUACACUGGAUCAUGUUAUCAAUGCAUCGUGUUGGAUUCCGCGGCUCACGCGGUGGUUUGUGCGGUCGUUCAACGACUGGCGCGGCACCCACGAGGAGGCGCUGGCAUACGACUUUGACCCAACAAAAGUGCACUUGCGUUGCCCCAUCGCCUUCGUGAUGUCCGUCAAGGACACGCGUGUGCCCAAUGAGUGCACACAGGCGCUGAUCGACCGCGUGCGACGCGAGCUCGUCCCGCACGUCAUACCCGCGGUAGAAGUGCUGGUGCUGAAGCACAGUGCACAUGGCACUAUGGCAGUCGGCCACAAGGAAGAUCAGGACGCGUACGUUGCGUUUGUGGAGCGGCUCUACGACACAUAUUGCUCUUCGUGA